GCGGGGGCGGGACCUGUUUGGUGGGCGGGGCCGUAGCGGGCUCAGAUGGCGGCGGCGCUGGGCGCCUAGGCGGGCGGGGGCCAUGAGCGCCUCCCGGCCCCAGUUCAGCAUCGAUGACGCCUUCGAGCUGACACUGGAGGACGCGGGGCCUGGGCCCGAGUCCAGCGGGGUCGCCCGCUUCGGGCCGCUGCACUUCGAACGCCGGGCCCGGUUCGAGGUGGCUGAUGAAGACAAGCAGUCCCGGCUGCGCUACCAGAACCUGGAAAAUGAUGAGGACGGAGCCCAGGCCUCUCCAGAGCCCGAAGGGGGAGUCAGCACCAGGGAUUCUGGGCACAUGUCUAUCCGCAGUUCCCAGUGGUCCUUCAGCACCAUCAGCAGUACCACCCAGCGCUCCUACAAUGCCUGCUGCAGCUGGACCCAACAUCCUUUGAUCCAGAAAAACCGCCGGGUAGUGCUGGCCUCCUUCCUGCUUCUGUUGCUGGGGCUAGUCUCCAGUGAAGUCAGGAAAAGGAGUCGGAUCUCCUGGAGUUGGAGAGGGUUGGGAAGCACUGUGUGGGUGCUGGGAACCAAGCCUGGGUCCUCUGCAAGAACGUGCUUAUCCUGGUCGGCGUGGGACUGGAGGUGGCCCCCUCUCCAGGUGUCGCCAGUGCCAUCUUCUUUGUGCCAGGGGUCCUGCUGUUAGUCCCGGGAGUCUACCAUGUGAUCUUCAUCUACUGUGCUGUCAAGGGCCGCCGGGGCUUCCAGUUCUUCUACCUGCCCUACUUUGAGAAGUGAGCAGCACCUGGCCGGUAGGAUAGCAGCGCUCCAAGGCCUCAGGCCACCGCCACGUGUCCACAGAGCGGUCCUCCAACAUAUGCCCGUUUCUGUUCCUUUCACCUGGAAGGAAAAGGCCCUCCCAACCACUAGCCCCCUCCGCAUUUGCUCAGGAAGUUUGGGGCAUGCCGGCCUGGAAAUGUUGCCCCUUAUCUAAUGUGUGCCUUAACUUAUUCCGGGGCUCUGGACUCCUGGGUUGGUAUAAUUUUGUGCUAAUAAAAGGAUAAUUAAUCCCA